AUGAGCAAACUCCUGCAGCAACAAGCCUGCUUUGAAAGCAUCAAGUCCCUGUGCGCCAACUACAAGAAAGACUCAGCGGACAGGAAAACUCGCGACUAUUUAAACAAACGGCUGGCCAAUCUCGACGCCUUAUGGGAUAAGUUCGAAAGCCAACAUGAGGUCCUCGAGACAGAAAUCGAGGACAAAAACAUCACCUACUUUCAAGAAGACAUCCACACAAAAACAAAAAACAUGUACGACGUUACUAAGGCGGAUAUGCUAAACUUGAUUCACAAGCUAACUGAAGCGAACAGUUCAGUACAAUUCGACCUUACAGAGCGUCUGGAAGGAACGGAAACCGGAACCAGUAACGUCAUUCAACUGUUAAGCAAACAAGAAUGCAACUUCAAGGCAAUCGACCGAGCGAUGUCAAAAAUUGCCAUUGCCCCUAACAAUGAAAAAUGGGAAUUAGAAGAUAAUCUUAAUAUCCUAAAAUCAAAAUGGACGGACAUAGACAAACAACACUGGGAGAUAGAUGGCUUACUCAAAGGCGCUCAUGAAACUUACUACAAUAUAUUCACCGACAUAGAAAACAGCGACUACGUACGGGACCUCCAAGACCACAGGGAAGUUCCGGUGUUACACGACUUUCUCUACUUUCUAGAGAGCAAAUUCAUGGCUUAUGAAACCAUGAAACGCGCCAAAAAGGAUGUCACCACCCAACAGAAGCAAGCAUCCGUGAAACCCUUUAGUAAGGAAUAUCAAACCAAGAAGCCUAACUACAAUAACUUUAACUAUUUCAAGAAUAACUUCAAAACAUACCAUGCAACACACGGUCAAUGUCCACUUUGCGAAGGGGGGCACUCGCUGAGACAAUGUCAGAAGUUUGUUGACCUGGAUAUACCGCAACGCAACAACAUGGUUGCGAAACUAAAGGUCUGCAAAAACUGUUUGUCCGAUCACGGGGACAGGGAAUGCAGAUCUCAAAAUACGUGCAAAGAAUGUAACAUGAAACAUCAUUCAUUAUUGCACAAUAAUAACAUGAAGAAACAAAUAACUUCUAAAUAUACAAAAUUUCAAUUCGGGCCAAAGCCAUCAACUUCCACUCAACAACCAACGAGCCAUCAUAUAGCAACAAAUGAGGUAGAAGUCCUGCUAACUACGGUUCAGCUUCAACUUCAAGCAAGCAACGGGACAUUUACAACGCUACGCGCAUUACUAGAUCAAGGCUCUCAGCUAAAUCUCAUAACUGAAAAUGCCGCACAAUUACUAAACCUACCCAGGAAGAAGCUAAAUGGGACUAUAACUGGAAUCGGGACCUUAACCUGCAAAGGAAAAGCAGAGCUUAAGGGCAAGUCCUUGCAUUCCGAUUAUACAUUUCAAACAAAAGCAUUUAUCGUCCGCAAAAUAACUAGGAACUUACCUAACCCCACAUUCAAGAAAGCAGACUGGCCGCACAUACAAAACUUAAAACUAGCGGACCCUGACUUCGACGUGUCGCGCCCCAUAGACCUGCUACUCGGGGCCCACGUUUACGCUGACGCCCUCAUGAACGGGCUAAUAAAAGCUGGUAAAAGGGCUCCAAUUGCCCAACAAACCCAGCUAGGUUGGAUUAUCAGUGGAAGCCUGACAACUCCCACCUCACCCAGCUGCCACGCAGCCUUAACUAACAUGGAUGAACUUACCAAAUUUUGGGAAAAUGAAGACAUCUCGCAAAACGACGCGGAUAGGUCUACGGACGAUAAAUGUGAAGAUUACUACCAGCAAACUGUUAAGCGGGGCCCCGUUGGAAAAUACAUUAUGAAAAUGCCACUAAGCGCAAAAUACGAAAAAAAGCUGGGAAAUUCAAAACAAAUAGCGAUCUCUCAGUUUCUACAACUAGAACGCAAACUGCAAAGGCAACCAAAACUAGCCCAAAUGUAUCGGGAAUUUAUGAAAGAAUAUUCCGAUCUGCAGCACAUGAAGCCUUCAAAUUCAUCCUCAGCACAAGACUGUUACCUUCCGCAUCAUGGGGUAUUGAGGGCAAAAGCAUCCACCACAAAGUUAAGGGUUGUUUAUAAUGCAUCACAAAAAACCAGCAGCGGCUAUAGCUUAAAUAGCCUCCAAGAAAAGGGUCCUAACCUACAAAGGGACAUUCAAGCCCUGAUUCUAAAAUGGAGGUCCUACAAAUACGCCUUUUGCGCUGAUGUCCAAAUGAUGUACAGAUGCAUAUGGAUCUCUGAGGACCAACAACAUCUUCAGAAGAUAAUAUGGCGAAACUCGCCUUCUGAAAAACUUCAGGAAUACCAACUCUGUACAGUAACCUACGGCCAAAAAUGUGCAGGUUGGUUAGCAACAAGAACACUCAAGCAGUUGGCCAUUGACGAUGGUCACAAACAUCCCGAAGCUGCCGAAACACUAAAUAACGAAUUCUACGUUGACGACCUCAUCAGCGGUCGCAACGCAAUCGAAGAAGCAAAAGAACUACAGAGCUCACUAAUAAGCCUACUCAAAGGUGGAGGGUUCUCUGACGCAAGUGAGAAAGCGUUUGCCUGCGUCAUUUACACUCGUGUUAAGGAUGACAACGGGAAGCCGCGAACAACUCUACUAGCAGCGAAAACUAGGGUUGCCCCCAUAUCGCAAAAAACUACUCUACCAAAGUUAGAAUUAUGUGGAACCCUACUACUAGCCCAACUCAUGAAGAAGGUAUUGGAAGCCUACAAAGACUACGAUGUAAAUAUACAAGCAUUUUGCGACUCCCAAGUAACCCUCGCAUGGCUACAGGGGGACGAGUCACGAUGGGAAAAAUACGUGGCCAACCGAGUAGUAAAGGUCACACAAAUAAUACCAGCAGACAAGUGGAAUUACAUCAGAUCUGAAGAUAAUCCAAGUGACUGCGCUUCACGAGGCGUGUACCCAAGCAAACUGGUGAAUCUCACCCUCUGGUGGCACGGUCCGUCACUUCCCGAAACUAAUCUGGAAAACGAACUUCAAACCUCAACUUGCCAUUUCACUACUAACAUCGGGCUAGCGGAAAACGAAGAGACAACCCAAAUGACGAAUCAGAACAACUGGCUGGGCGACAAUUCAAACUCCGCACCGUAA